AUGUCCGCUGACACUAAGUACGACGAACUGCACCAGCAGCUCCUCGAGGAGGGGCUGAGAAUGCGUCGGGAAGUCCUCGGCAACGAGUACGUCAACCGCGCGUGGAACAACGCCAGCGAUUUCGCGCGGCCCGGACAACAGCUCAUUACGGAGUGGGCCUGGGGCAAUGUCUGGCAGCGGCCAGGCCUGGACCGGAAGCAGCGCAGUCUUCUUACCUUGGGCAUAAUCAUCGCCCAGAAAGCGUGGCUGGAGCUGGCUCUGCACACUCGCGGCGCUAUCAAUAACGGCGUCUCCGAGCUCGAAAUUAGGGAGACCGUGUUGCAUGCCACGGUCUACUGUGGUACGCCGGCAGGUGUCGAGGCGAUGAUGGUGACGGAAAAGACGAUCAACGAAAUGGUGGAGAAGGGUGAAUACAAGCGACCAGAGACUAAAGGUGAUGCUUGA